UUCUGUCAGCGGAGUGAGUCUGUGCUCGGACAGGUGCUUAACUGUGCCCGUGGAGGUUUGGUUGAGUGGUGCCCGCGGUCAUGUGGCAUCCGGCGGCAUUGCCUCUUCAUGGUCAGAGUCACGGCGGUGAGAAUGGCCACUAUAGUCAAUACUCUAGUCCUCUUAACUCGUCCCCCUCUCAGCCGCCGGUCAUGAGCUCUAUGGUGGGUCAUCCGUCCGUCAUCAGCUCCUCUCGCCCCCUGCCGUCCCCCAUGAGCACUCUGGGCUCCUCUAUGAAUGGCCUGCCCUCACCCUACUCCGUCAUCACCCCGUCUCUCAGUUCGCCCUCCAUUUCCCUGCCCUCCACACCCAGCAUGGGCUUUAACACCCUCAACAGCCCACAGAUGAACUCUCUCAGUAUGAAUGGCAAUGAAGACAUCAAGCCCCCGCCAGGAUUGGCACCGCUGGGCAACAUGAGCAGCUACCAGUGCACCAGCCCUGGAUCUCUGUCCAAACACAUCUGUGCCAUCUGUGGAGACCGAUCUUCAGGGAAGCAUUAUGGUGUUUAUAGUUGUGAAGGCUGCAAGGGCUUCUUUAAGAGGACCAUUCGAAAAGACCUGACGUACACAUGUCGAGACAUUAAAGAGUGCCUGAUCGACAAGCGCCAGCGCAACCGCUGCCAAUACUGCCGCUACCAGAAGUGCUUGGCCAUGGGCAUGAAGCGCGAAGCGGUUCAGGAAGAGAGGCAGCGAGGGAAAGAGAAAAGUGAUACUGAGGUGGAAACAACAAGCAGGUUUAAUGAAGACAUGCCUGUGGAUAAAAUCCUGGAUGCAGAACUGUCAGUCGAACCCAAGACUGAGACGUACACAGAGAGCAGCCCCAGCAACUCAACAAAUGACCCAGUCACUAAUAUCUGCCAUGCAGCGGAUAAGCAGUUGUUUACUCUGGUGGAGUGGGCCAAGAGAAUACCUCAUUUCUCUGAUCUGCCUCUGGAUGAUCAAGUAAUCCUUCUUCGAGCAGGAUGGAACGAGCUGCUCAUUGCUUCAUUCUCUCAUCGCUCCAUCACAGUGAAAGAUGGCAUCCUGCUAGGCACAGGGCUUCAUGUCCACAGGAGCAGUGCUCACAGUGCAGGAGUUGGCUCCAUUUUCAACAGGGUACUGACCGAACUGGUGUCUAAAAUGAAGGACAUGCAGAUGGAUAAGACAGAACUAGGCUGCCUUAGGGCCAUCGUCCUCUUCAACCCUGACGCCAAAGGCUUGUCAAACUCACUGGAGGUGGAGGCACUGAGGGAGAAGGUUUACGCCUCGCUGGAGACCUACACUAAACAGAAAUACCCCGACCAGCCUGGCAGGUUUGCUAAGCUGCUGCUGCGUCUUCCUGCGCUUCGCUCCAUCGGCCUCAAGUGUCUGGAGCACCUGUUUUUCUUUAAGCUGAUUGGAGACACACCUAUAGACACUUUCCUCAUGGAGAUGCUGGAAGCGCCACAUCAGAUCACGUGACACCAGCUCUAAUGGACCAUUUUUUGUACAUAUUCUUAUGUAACUAAUAUAAUAAUGAACCUGAUUGAAGAUACUGUAGGAUGCUGCAUCUUUUAUACUGAGCACAAAUUGUUAUUUGACAAAAUAUUGGCAGGGAAAAGACGAAGAGGAAGUCUCAAAAUAUAUAAGGAUAAAAUAAAUGUUAUUGGUAUGGUUCUGAAAAGAAAUGUCUCUGUAAAUAGGUAAUGUCCAGGUAUCCAUUGUGGCAAGACAAUGCAAAAAUUUAUAUUUUAUUCAAGGAAUAUGCGUAUCAAACCCGAACAGUAAUUUCUAAAAUGAAGUUUAGAAUUGUUUGAAUAAAUAUUUAAAUAUUUAAAUGUUA